CCGCCGGCGCUGCUGACGUGUCUGCUCCCUCCCUGCCGCCGGCCACCGCCAACAUGGCCGCAGCAGCGCCGCCGCCGGACCCCCGGCUGCUCCUCGCCCUGCUGCUGCUGCCGCCCCUGCUGCCCCUGCCCGCGCCGCCGCCGCUCUGCGCCGCCGCAGCCGCCGCCGGGCCCGAGCUGGGCCGCCGCUUCGCCGAGCGCAAGCGCUGCGCCGACCCCGAGUGCAGCAUGUUAAUGUGCCGAGGGAAGGCGAUGAAGGAUUUUAAAGGUCCUGACUGCCGUUUUGUAAAUUUUAAGAAAGGAGAAGCAGUGUAUGUAUAUUACAAACUAAUAGGAAAAUCAACUGAGCUUUGGGCUGGAAGUGUUGGAAGUGAUUUUGGAUAUUUUCCAAAGGAUUUACUUGAAGUAAAUCAUAAUUAUACCAAUGAGGAGCUAGAGUUACCAACAGAUGAAACAGACUUUGUUUGCUUUGAUGGCGGAAGGGACGAUUUUGAUAAUUAUAAUGUGGAUGAACUUUUGAAGUCAACAAAAGAGACAGUAGCAAAUGAGAGAGAAACUGAAUCAAGUGAUCCAAGGACAAAACCAGCUGAAGGAACUGAAAGGGAGGAGGAGGUUGAAAAGGUUGAUACAGUACAGUCCCUUGAUGCUUUGGAGGCAGACAAUGUUGAACUAAACACAGAGAAAGACGAGGAAGCCCUCACCGUGACAGAGGAAUUAGAUAGUUUUCUUAUAGAAGGAACUGAAGGUACUAGGGUAGACUCCAGUGUCAGUAGUCAUGAAGAAAACUCUCAGGGAGAUCAAACUGCACAUGAGCACUUGCAAGGAACGCUAAAUGAGAGACUAAAAGGGCUAGAAAGUGAAAAUACCAAAAACACUAGUAUUGCUCAGGGUGAAACCAGUCAACUUGACAAAGAGAGCGAAGAAGUCGAUGCCUAUACACUUUUAGACAGAGAGUUCUCUGUAAACUUGAAAACAAAAUUUGGCUCAACUGCUGAUGCUGUUGUAUCAGAUGAUGAAGUGACUCGCCUUGUUACAUCAUUGGAAGAUGAUUUUAAUGAAGAUUUGAGCAUUAAUGCUCACGAUUCAGACAAGGAGUCAGACUUCGCAGAUCCGUCUGAAGAAAUCCCUUUGCUGUCAUUUAUGGCAGAAGAGGGGAGUAUAUCCCUAGGGGAUUCAGAAGCUGAUGAAAACAAUGGCUUUGAGUCAAAGAAUCAUGAACUUGAUGAAAAUGAAGGUGCUACGGAGCUAAAUAACCAAAGAGAUGAUGAGGAAGAACGUGAUUCAGAUGCAUUAACUAAGGAUGCCUUCACUACGAGCAAGAAGUCAGGUGACAGUAUAAAUGUGGACAGGUCUGCAUCUGAGCAAACGAAGAAACAGGAUGAGGUGAUGCUAAUUAGCAAGAGAGAAGCACCAGCAGCUCAAUUUGAGGAUCUCUCCAAAGAGCUCCUUAGAAAUGAACCUAUAGGUGCAAGAGAUCCAGGUCCAGAAGAAAAAGCAAACAAAACUGAAGAGUUUGAAGAGCAGCUUACGGUUGAUGACAUGGUGUCACAUACUAAAGAGCUGAAAAGUACAACUGUGCCUGAUCCUCAUGCUUUACCUAGUCCACGAGAUGGUCUGACGACCAAAUCAUCUGUUGAAAGCAAGCAAGAUGCUUUAGGUCUGCCUGCUGAUGAUGUGAACAAAGGUCCAGAACGAGUGCCACUUGCUGAAAUAGAGAAAGAUGAGAAAAAGUUUGAGGAUGACACCUUGGAAGAGAUCUCAGGAAGUGAUUUAAAGCACAAAAAGUUAUGGGAGAAAAUGAAGGAGAAAGGAAGAGAUCAGUAUAAGCCUUCUGCUGAUGUUCCAGCCAAACCAGUGGAAGAGGUACAAAAUGGAUCUCAAAGUGACACGGGAGAUAGUAAGCUUUUAAAAUACAAACUGGAGCAUGGAAUGCCUGCUGUGGAGAAAGAAAUUCUAAGACAAGAAGAUUCAAAACAAAGAGGGGAGGCUAAUUGUGAAAAUCAAAAACCCGCCUCUUUUAAAGAAGAACCUGAAAUAAAAGGGGGAAACAUUAAAGAAACCCCUGCAGGUGAGGGAGUCCCAAGCCAUAGGGGAGCUGCUGAGCAACCUAGGCCAUGGGAAAAUGAAACUGAGUAUUCAGAGGCAGAUGUGAAAGAAGAGCUUUCAGGAAAUCUUGGCAAGAUGACAGAAUUUGAAAAAAGCAUUGAGAAAAGUUCCCCUGAAGAAAAAUCAAGAAAUGCUACACAGAAUACUAAUAGAGGAAAUUUUACCCAGCAAGGAACUGCUCAUACUGAGGAUGAAGAUUCAAACAAAAAUCUUGGCACAAAUUUAGCUAGAGAAAAAACCCUAAAGCCAGAAUUGCAACCUGAAGAGACAGAUGCUGAAGAUGAAGCUGACUUGAAACAAAUGGAAGAAGAACUACUGGAAGAUGAGAAUGCUGCAAGUGCAAAGCUGUUGCAAGCAAGGGUUGCAAAUGUACAGGGUAGUACACCAGAUGUUGAAAGAACAAACCCUGAAUUAAAAGUAUCAAGUGAAGCUUUUUCAGGAACUGCAGAUCCUACUUAUGAAACAGGAGAGGAAACAAGCUCAUUUUCUGAGGAGGCUAAAAAAAUAAUAAGCAUGCAGGAUGAACAUGAGACUGGAAACAAAGAGCUUGAUGUACCAGUGAGUGAAGAUGCUAAACUGGAUGAGAUGGAACAUACCGCAGAAGACGAUGAGGAGUCUUCUGAAGCUGAGGAACCACCAGCAGUGGAAGAAUAUAAUUUCAAAUCUUCUGACAUGGAGGACAGCAAUGACUUUCACCAAAGGAAAGAUAAUCACCCAGAGGACAUUUCACAGAGAGGCCCAAGAGAGAUGCAAAAUACAGAGGAUACAGGAAAUGACCACCAGCAGUCUGCACAUUUCCCCAGCCCUGCUGACAUUUCAGCAGCCACAAAUGAGACUGUAACAGAAUACAGUGAGUCUGUGAAGCGGCUCACAAUAAUUAGAGAUUUCCUUGAUGAAAAGCGUGUAAUGCGUCUAUACAAGUAUCUUGGGCUCCAACAUGUGAUUAGGAUAGAAGCCAUGUUUCAUGACAUGAAGGUAGAGAUGGAACUUGCUCGGAAGGCAAGCAAUACUAAUGAAGAUCUAGAAAAAGCGCUGGACCAGAUACUUGAGUUUUCAGAAUCAAACAUUAUGGAUGUGGUAGGAAAAGUUCUGGAUUCCAGGGUAGCAGAAAAUAAAGAGGAGGUGGUGAAAGAGAUGGAUUUGUAUGAUGAAGAGAGUGCACUGAUGGAUGAUAUUCAAGAAUUAAUAUAUUCUUUAAGAAGUAAAUAUUCGUCCGCUAGUGAGAGUGUCCCACUGGCAUCUUUUCUUGAACAGGAAGAUGAUCAGCUGAAUGCUCAAGAAACUGCAAAAGAGGCUGAAUAUGAUACAGAUGCUGUCAGGAAUCCAAAUGCCAUUGAUGAGAGCAAUUGGAAAUUUCAGCAGCUUGAAGAUAGGAGGCCAGUUCAGCCUUUUGAAGAGGAGGAGGAGAGAAGUGUUAAUCUUCCACCUGAGCUUGAAGAAGCCAGCUUUUCGGAUGAUAGAGAAGCCAAAGAAGUGUACAAUAGUGAAAGAUUGCCACUGGCUGACACUUCCUUUGGGUCAACUGAUCCAGAAGAGAGUGCCAGGGAAGAUAAUGCUGCAGCCCCCGGCGGCGACGGCGGCGCCUCAGGGGCAGCGCUGGGCGGGGCGGGGGCCGCUGCCCGCCGCCUGCUGCUGCAGUUGGUUGCCACCCUGCCGGAGGAUAUUCGUCCUGGGCCUGAUUUCCAUGGACUCCCAUGGGAGCCUGUUAUUAUCACUGCCUUAGUGGGAAUUGCCACACUCGCUAUAAUUUUCUGGAGAACCUGCCUUUCAGUAAAGAGUAGAAUCUAUCAAGUGACUGAAAAGCAACUUGCAGAAAAGAUAAAAAACCUUCUACAAGAAAAAACAGAAAUCCUAGACAAGAUGUCAGAAUAUGAUCAAAAGAUAAAGCAAGCAAAGGAAUCAGUGAAAGCAGCCCAAGAACAAAAAAAUAUUCUCUCAGAUGAAACUGCAGGGCUUAAGGACACUGUCAAAGGGCUGGAAGAAGCAAAUCGUAAACUGGAUGACAAAGUAAAAAGUCUGCAUUCAAUGCUUGAAACAGAGAGAAAACAGAAUCAGAAGAAACAGAAAAAAAUCUCUGAAAGCCAGAAGUCCUUGGAGAAACUUGAAGAGGCUAUCAGCGUGCAUUCUGCUGAGCUUUCAGAGGUGCAGAUAGCCCUUAAUGAAGCUAAAUUAAAUGAAGAAAAGGUAAAGUCAGAGCUCCAGCAUGUGCAGGAGGAGAAUGCCAGGCUGAAAAAGAGCAAGGAACAGCUGCUAAAAGAAGCUGAAGGUUGGAGUGAGAGACAUACUGAGCUCAGUGAGCAGAUCAAACUGUAUCAGAAGUCUCAGAAGGACAUAGAAGAAGCACUUGCCUAUAAGGAAAAUGAAAUUGAGGUUUUAACUAACUGCAUUAUGCAGCUGAAGCAGCUUGACAUCGAUUCAGCAUCUGAGGCCAAGAAGGAUGGUGAAGGGCAUGAAUGGAGCAGAGGGGACGAACUGGCCAAUGGAGAGUUGCCAGAUAAUGAGAAUGAAAAGAUGAAGACUCAGAUUAAGCAGAUGAUGGACGUCUCCAGGGUAAAAACUAUGUUAUCCAUAGUAGAAGAAGACAGAAAUCUUCUGCAGUCCAAACUGAGUGAUGAAGUAACAGCAAGACAUGAGCUGGAAGAGCAAAUAAAAAAAUUAGAACACGACUCCUGUUCGCUACAGUCAGCCAAAGCUCGACUGGAAAAUGAGUGUAAAACACUACAGCAGAAAGUAGAGAUUCUCGGUGAACUUUACCAGCAGAAAGAAAUGGCGCUGCAGAAAAAACUAACUCAAGAAGAAUAUGAGCGCCAGGAGAAGGAGCAGAAAUUGUCUGCUGCAGACGAAAAAGCUGUGCUGGCCAUUGAGGAAGUGAAAGUUUACAAGCAAAGGAUUCAAGAUAUGGAAGAAGAAUUGCAAAAAACUGAGAGAUCAUACAAAAACCAGAUUGCCGCUCAUGAGAAAAAAGCACACGACAAUUGGCUUAUUGCCCGCUCUGCUGAGAGAGCUCUGGCUGAAGAAAAAAGAGAAGCAGCCAACCUGAGACAAAAAUUAAUAGAAGUGAACCAAAAAAUUGUUAUGCUUCAAAGACCAUUAAUUGUGAAGCCAACUCCAGGCAGACCCGAUCGCCAAGUCCCACCACGACGAGGGCCCUUAAGUAGAGAUGGCUCUUUUGGCCCAUCACCUGUGAGUGGAGGAAAUCCUUCACCGACACAAAUGAUAGAAGUUCCUGGUCGGCCCCUUUCUGCUCCUCGAAGGGAAGGCUCAAGAGGUGAAUUUGGUACAGUGGUAGAUGGCCCCUCUGUUCCACGAAGGCCACCGGAGAUCCCUGGAAGGAUGUCUGUUCCUGAUCUUGGGCCUGCUGUAGCAUCCCUGAUCAGUAGUGGGCCACGAACCUCCUCCCCUUCCACAGCAAUGGAUAGAGCGCAGCCCUCUCCCAAAGAGUCUGAAGCCCCCUGUGUAACUACCGAUUCACCUUCACCUAUUGAACCACCUACAGCUAAUGUUAGUCCCAAAGGCCCACCUUCUUUCCCUGGGACACCCAUCAUGACCUCACCAGUGAUGGGACCUCCGCCCCCACCACCUGUUCGUUACGGACCACCGCCAGCUCCUCUGCGUGGACACUUUGGGCCCCGGCCUCUUCCUGUGCCCCUAGUUCGUGGUGCUCCCUUACCACCUCCAGCUGCAAGAGAUUUCUUACCUGGCCCACCAUUAGGAAUGAGAGAUCUGCCCCCUGGCCCACUACCACCCCCUCCAGAUCCCAGAGCAUAUGGACGCGGGCACCCUUCUUUCCGACCUCUAGGUCCUCCUGGCCCGAGAGAUUAUCCUCCAGGCCCACGGCUACCCCCGCCUGGCUCAAGGGACUAUACACCUUCUCCUAGCAGAGACUUGCCUCCGUCAGGACCUAGAGACUACCCCGCAGCCCCUCCGCCACCACCAGCAGGCUCAAAGGACUAUACACAGCCUCCAGCGCAGAAGCCCUAACUGCAGUCUCUGGUCAGCAGCUCAAUGGAAUGGACUCUAGCACACUUCCUGCGGUCAGGAUUUUAGGAAAUGGUUUUCUGUUUGAAGCCAUUUAUCUCAUUUCAGUAUAUUUCAGCUUUUGCAGGAUUAAUUUUUAUCCAAUUGCUGCAGACAUCUUAUGUGCAUUUAUGAUCACCUUAAACUCAUCCAUCCUCUUGGGCUGCAAGAACCUUUUUGUGAUGGACUUGAACCUACGCUCUAAACGUGCAAUAGAAAGGAAGUACCUGUGUGGCUAGUUCUAAUUAAAUGUAGCCUCUGUAACCAGUUGGUGAAUGAACUAAUUUCAUGAAAAAUGUAAAUCAAAUCAUUUCCUGUGGAAAUAAUUUUUAAGUAAAAUGCUAUCUUACCUGCCUUCUCCAUCACAUCAUUAAGCUGCAGCUGUUCUAGUCCAGGAGUUUACAUGAGGACUGUGAGGUGUGGUUUUAGUUUUUGUUUUUUUUUUUUUUUGAAGAGAUGUCUGGUCAGAGAUCAGAAGCACAAAUGACACUGUAUUCAAAGGAAGGUUAUAAUAAAAAGCAAAAUUCCUUUUGCUAAACCCUGAA